AUGGUGCCUUCUGGAGACAUGCGCGUCCACUACGCAGACGGGCUCACCCAGGACACCUUCAAAAUAUGCAAGGAAUUCUUGAGACCAUUUAAAAAGUCCCUACGGAAGCUGAAUUUGCCGAAAGAUUUCCCAAAGGAAAAGAGAUUAAACUGCACCAGAAAGAACCUCACCAUUCUUGGGGAUCACAUCAACAUGUUUCUUCAGCACUACUGCAAAACCUGGGAACUGAAACACUGGAAAAAGAUGCUCUGGAGGUUUGUCUCCCUCUUCUCAGCACUGGAUGAGAGGCAGCUGUGUAAACUGUACAGGUACAGCAAGACCGACCAAAUCACCAAGUUCCUGAAGGCCUAUUGCCGUUUGGAGAACCCCGACUUGGUUACCCUUCCCAAUAACAGCAAACUGGUGAAGCUACAUGAUCCAUGGAGGCUUGCCAGGGAUGCGGAGGUGCAGGAAAAGCUGGGGCAGAUGCACUCCUUGUCCGGAGGCUGUGAUCUCCCAGCAGGAAACAUGCCUAAAAAAAGGUACUCAAGGACCCGAGAGAAGAAAGUUAUGGAGCGACACUGGCUCCCACACAAAUCAUCUGCUCCUCCUUCCAUUAGUAGCAAUGAAGAAACAGGCAGUUCAUCAUCAUCAGAUCCCUAUUAAAGACUGACUGUGGACAAGGACAGCUUUUGUAAAGGACAUUAAACAAGAAAUCACACAAUUGGACUACUUUAUUCAACUUUUAUGACAUUCCAAAAGCACUCAAACUUUUUGCAGGCAUUUAGCAAAAUGUCAAAGACCCACUUCCUAUGUAAUGUUUGUGGCAAUUUUCA